GCGGGAGUGGGCGCUCGGACAAGGCCGUGGCCAAGGCCGUCGCUGCGAAGAAGCGCGGCGCGACGCCGACAGGAGGCGCGGCGGCGUCCAGUGGGUCCGGCGGGGGCCGGGCCGCCAAGGCCCCUCGGCGCCAGGGCAGGGGCGGCAGGGGCAAGAAGCUGAACAACACGGGCGAGGUUCUCAGCUGUGCGGCGCGGGAGUUCUUGCACGCACGCGAGGACGUGGCAAACCUGAAGGCCGCCUCCAACCUCCUGGUCUUUGUGUUGGACAAUGACUUGAAGUCGCAGAUCGCCACCUCGGCCGGGGUGUGGGCCGAGAACAAGCCAGAGGAGGCUGAGACGCCGCACCCGCUUGGCUGCAGCAGGCGCACGGUGGUUCUCGGUUCCAUGCUGAGCACCAUCGUGGACCUGGACGGCGUGUCGGAGGGCCCGCACAAGGCCGCGGCUGCAGCGCUCAAGCGCAUGUCGCUUGGCCAGAUGGACAGCCUGGUGGCCACGUGCAAAUCCCGGCACAACAAGCCUGACGAGAAGCACCCGUGGAUCUUCACGCUCGCGGUGCGCCCGGGUAUGGACCCGGACCAGCACAAGAAAGUCCACGCUCUCGCCGGUAUCUUCGUGGAGAAGAAGCUCCGUGUGGUGCACGAGGCGCCGCGCCAGAGCCCGGAGGCAGAUGCGCUGUGUCUGUGGCUCAAGACACAGUAG